GAUGUACACCCUUCUUCAUGUUUUCAGUUAGUUGACACUCCAAUGGUAUCACAAGACUUAUUCUCUACAAACCCGGACCUUCCUCAGGUUGAAACACAGAGCAAUGAUGACCAGAUGCCUGCUCCUCCACCUUUGGAUGAAGAAAAUGAAUCAAUGGAGUCUACCAACUCCAACGAUGCCGAACCUGCUCCUCCAAAGUCAGAAAUCUCCCAGUCCUGCUAUCCAGUAAUGUAUCCAGCCUAUUUCUCACCAUUCUUGCCAAUGUCAGUUCCAUUUUGGUCGGGGUACAGCACAGAGCCAACCAAGAAUGAAACACAUGAAAUCCUAAAGCCGACAGCAGUACAUUCAAAGAGCCCAAUCAACGUUGACGAGCUUGUCGGCAUGUCAAAACUAAGUCUUGGAGAGUCUAUUGGUGAUACUGGCCCAUCCUCUCUUUCACUACAGCUUCUUAAAGGAUCAUCUAGACAGUCAGCUUUCCAUGCCAAUCCUGCACCAAGCAGUUCAAACAUGAAUUCAAGCAACAAUGCCAUCCAUGCAGUGUAGGGGCAGCUCUUCUUGAGCUUAGGUUAGCACAGGGUUUGUUAUCUCCACACAAGUCAUUACUAAUAGGAGACAAAUAAUGUGCAGUAUGUCGGGUUGAUUUACAUAUUUCUUUCGUGUUGACUGAAUAAGCUUGUGCUUCUUUUGUCUCUUAACUCAUUCCAAAUAGGCAGCAGCAGCAGCAGCUGUUGCAACUUGUGAGAAAUUAUUUGAAUCGUUAACAGUUUGUGUUCAUGACUACAUGGUUCUUACUCCAUUUUGCUAGCUUUCUUCAUUCUGUCUUUGCAAUUCACAUUUUAAAGGAAAAUAAAAUAAAAAUUAAAUU